UAUAUUGUAUUCGUCCGACGAACCGCCCGCCGUAUUGUUGCUAUAAUAUACUAUUAUACGAUUUUACCGUCGGCGAGUAUGUGCUCUGGCGUAUAAUACAACAGUUUGGUUAACCGGUCGGUCACAGCGAGUGCGAGUGUGAGGCUUCUGCAGUGCGUCCCGUAACCAAACGCCGCACGUAACCAACGUAACCGCCGUGCGUGUCAGCCGUCAUCGUGAUUCAUCGGCGCCGUUGCACAGUGUUCAGUUCGGUGUGUGUGCACGCGCUCAUUUACUGCUUUCAAAACCGGCUUCACUUCCGACCUACCGUUCGUUGGGUCACGUAUUCCAAAGCUUCAAAGCUCUUUUCCCGUUUUCACCGUGCGUUCGCCACCUCCGGUCCCGGUCCCACAGUUCGUGCCGUGCGGUCUCUCGUUUACUUUUGUUGCUCUUCGCUUUUCGGCCACUCCAGACACGCGUACGACGUCGCAUUACUGCCCGCACGCCGUCACAGCCGUUAAGUUAUCAUGACCACUAUACAACAGGGCUCGUUGUUAGACGUGUUGAAAAAAAAAAUGCGUCAGACCAAGGAGGAGAUGGAGAGGUAUAAGGAGGAAUGCGAGGAUUUCCAUAAGAAACUCCAGAUGGAGGUCAUGAGACGUGAGGAAGCUGAGAGUGAAGUUGCUGCUCUUAACAGACGUAUCCAAUUGCUCGAAGAAGACCUUGAAAGGUCUGAAGAGCGCUUGGCCACGGCCACUGCUAAGUUGGCCGAGGCAUCUCAAGCUGCUGAUGAGUCUGAACGGAUCCGAAAGGCAUUGGAGAACCGAACUAAUAUGGAAGAUGAUCGAGUAGCCAUUCUCGAAGCUCAAUUGGCACAAGCCAAACUCAUUGCUGAGGAGGCUGACAAAAAAUACGAAGAGGUCGGCCGUAAAUUGGUCAUGAUGGAACAAGACUUGGAAAGAGCAGAAGAAAGAGCUGAACACAGCGAUGCGAAAAUCGUGGAAUUGGAAGAAGAAUUACGUGUUGUUGGUAACAACUUGAAGUCUCUUGAAGUUUCUGAGGAAAAGGCAAAUCAACGUGAAGAAGAAUAUAAGAACCAAAUUAAGACCUUGACCAACCGUUUGAAGGAGGCUGAAGCUCGUGCUGAGUUUGCCGAAAGAUCGGUGCAGAAAUUGCAGAAGGAAGUCGAUAGGCUCGAAGACGAGUUGGUAAAUGAGAAAGAGAAAUACAAAUACAUUUGUGACGAUCUUGACCAAACGUUCUCUGAACUCGUUGACUAAAAUGUUUAACAACGAUGUUAAAAAUGACCAUUAUAUUAAUACCAAAUCAAUGAUUUUGAUUAUUUAUUAUUUGUUGUGUUUUGCAAUAUUUUACGAGCAUGUUGAUUUGUAUUCAAUCCAGAAUUAUUAUUUUUAUCCAAUUAUUUAAAUAGGUUUCAGAAAAUUGCAUCCAGUUUUUAUUUGUGUCUAUGUAAAUAAUGUUAAGCGAAUAUUGUUAUUUAAAACAACUGAUUUGGUUUUAUAUUGAAGCCAUACGAGAAUUAUAAACAUAAUAAUUACAAACACCCGUAUACACGAAUGCA